AUUUGAAGAAACGACAUAUAAAGGCACGUUCGUCUCCUAGCUUGGUCUACACAAAUUGUUUUAUUUACUGCCACCAUGGAGGUCGAACAACCAGUUGUAUACGACGAGGUUAAAGACAAGGCUGUUGUUGAUAGUAAAUUGCUACCACCAAAAUUGAACAAUUCGAUCAACAAAAUCAUUAUCAAAGAAGGAUACAACAGUUAUGAAUUGGAACACAAACAAUUUUGUACGAAAGGAGGGAGUUAUUUGGGUGAUCUAUAUGAAAUAGACGUUAAAGGAGUUACCAAAGAAGGCGUGAAAGAAAUUAACAUAUUCGUUAAAAAUAUAGUACAAAACGAAGAAAAUUUGAAAAUAUUGUCAAUACCUAAUGCGUACAAAACUGAAAUGUUCGCGUACAAAGAACUGUAUAAAGUUUUUAAUGAGCUCCAAGACGAAGCUGCAAUUCCGCUUCAAGACAGAUACAAAAUGGUUAAGAGUUUCGAAGAAUGCAAUUCAGAAGCCAUAAUACUCGAGAAUGUUGCUCGGAAAGGUUACAAAACCGUACACAGGAUGGAUGUUAUUUCUCUAAACUACGCAGAGGUAGCUUUACAGCAAUUAGCAAAAUUUCAUGCACUAUCAUUCGUAAUGAAGGAGUGGAGACCAUUGUUUUUUGAUGAAAAUAUUAAAACUAUGGAAAUCCCUUUAAUAUUUUCUGAAGACUGGCAAAGCUUUACAAAGUCAAUGUGUAAACUUGCACUUAAUUGUCUAGACGAUGAAAUGAAAUGCAAAAUGGAAAGUAUAUUUCCAAUUUUAUUAGACAAAUAUCCUCAUUAUAUACUAGGUAAUUCGAAUGUGAACUGUCUUUGCCACGGCGAUUUCAGACCAAACAAUAUAAUGAUGAAAGAAAUUAACGGAGUCGUGAUCGAUCUCAUACCGAUCGACUACCAGUUGAUGCACUACGGCUCGCCAGUAAACGAUUUCAUUUACUUCAUAUACAGCUGUACAGACAGGACAAUGAGAAACCAACAUUUCCAACACCUAAAAGACUUAUACUAUUCUUCCAUGGAAAGAUUUCUGGAAUACUUCGAUAUGGACGCAGCAACUGUCUAUUCCAAGGCGGACUUUGAAAAAGUCUUGAAAGAGACACUAGAUUUUGGUCUAAUCAUUGUUAUUAUUUUUGGACCAUUUUUAUUUGUUAAUGAAGAUGACGUUCCUGAUGUUUCCAAGGAUUCUAUGGCAACUGUUUCGUUUAAAACAGACGAUAAAUAUAAAGAUAGACUUCGGGAGACCAUAGAAGAGUUUAUAGAAUGGGGAUAUAUACAGUGUUAAUUGUUAAGUUUUUAGAUUUAAUAAAGUAAUAAAUAAUUUUACAUCAAAAAUAAAAAUAUAUUGGCAAAUGUAUGUGAGAGCAUCAUUUGAGAACGGCUCGACUGGCUGGGCUGAUUUCUUUUUUGUUGUGUUCCUUAUUAUCAGUACAUGGUUUUUAUCAAAGAAUUAUGUCGAAAAAACAACGGGAAAAGUUUACAAUUUAAGUGAUAUUUUAGUAUGAAAAUAAUUUUUACUAAUUUCCACAAUCACCUAACCGAUUUCAAUUACAUUUUUUAUGAGAAUUUAGUUAGUUCCACUUCCAGCUUGAACCAUAGGAUAAUUUUGGAUGCGACAGGUAACGGUGUUGUCGAGACGAAAGAUAAAGGGUAGUUUGCAUAAAAUGCGGUUAUGGCAGAACGACGUCUGUCGGGUUUACUAGUAAUAAAUCAAUGUAAACAAUAUCAUGUUAGAACAUUACGAUAAUCUGUCAGUGUGAAUAUAACCAAUACAUUAUAUUUAAAAAACGUUCUUCUUACAAAGUAUGAAACUAAUUUUAAAAUUUUACAUAUUUACCGCCAUUUUAAGAUCAUGCACGAAGACACACGAAAUCUGCCGAGGUUAACCGAACAAGAUAUGACCCCAUUUGUCCUUGGCUAGCCAGUUUGGCGUCAGUACGUGCACAUCAUUACUACAUUCUGUACGAUGAAUUAUAUACAAUUGCAUAAUAUUACUUGAUAAUAUAAUCAGAUUUAUUAUCGUAGAUUGUAAUGUUUGUGAUAUUUAUUGGUAAUAUCAACGUGUUAUACUAGUUAUGGUUUUAACAUCCAAGUGUGCGGCUGCGAGGAAAUAUUUGUAGUCAUUAGUGUUUCAAAGAUAAUUCAAUUUAUAAACAUAAAUAAUGGCGGAAGAGGUAUUAUCUCCGAAAUUACAAGAGUACAUCAAUUCUAUAAUUAAAAGAGAAGGUUACUUGACACACAAACUAACGGCAAAAACAUUACCCGCGGAUGGGAGCGGUUUUAUGGGCGUAUUAAAUACAAUCGACAUACAAGGAAAAACAGCGGUCGGCGACAAGGAAACUCAUAUAUUCAUUAAAAACCUUAUCCCAAAUCCAGAAGAAAUGAAAAUAUAUUCAGCAAGAGAUGUUUUUUCCCGAGAAUCCUUCGUGUAUACAGAACUAUCGAAAAAAAUCACCGAAUUGCAAAACGAAGCCAAUAUACCCGAGAAAGAGAGAUACAAAAUGAUAAAGAGUUUUGAAGAAUGCAAUCCGGAAGCUAUCAUUCUUGAAAAUAUAACUUAUAAAGGUUUUAAACAAUGUAGCAGAAUGGAUGUGGUAUCAUUAGAAUUUGCAGAAUUAGCAAUUAGUCUCUUAGCGAAGUUUCAUGCAUUGUCAUACGUUUUGAAAGAAAACGAUCCCAAUUUUUUUGAAGAGAAGAUCAGAUCAUUAAAACAACCUUUCUUCUUUGGCGAAGCCUGGGAUGGAUUUACGACUAAUAUAUUUCGUUCUACAGUAGCUCUUUUAGACAAAGACGUAAGGGAUAAAUAUGAAGAUAAGCUGUUACAGAUGAUUAAGAAAUUUCCAGAUUACAUAAAUAACGCUACGACUUUUGGGACGCUGUGUUAUAGUGAUUACAGACAUGGCAACAUUAUGGUGAAAGACACAGAUAACACCUUAGAAAUCAUGCCGCUGGAUUAUCAACAUAUACACUACGGGUGCCCAGUACACGAUCUCAUUUACUUCAUCUUCAUCGGAACAGACCAGGACUUCAGGAAGAAGCACCUUUCGCAUCUCAAAAACCUUUAUUACGACACCAUGGAACAUUUUUUGAGAUACUUCAGUAUAAAUAUCAAUUCUAUUUGGACGAAGCAAGACUUCGAGAAUGUGUUUGCUGAAAAAUUAGCUUUUGGUCUUAUUAUUAAUUUUUGUUUCACACCAGUUAUAUUUGCGGCGGUGGAUGAUAUCCCUUCGGUUACGAAUUCACUAUCAGAGUUGAGUUUUAAGACAGAUGCCCGGUUUGCACCCCGGAUCCGAGGCACGGUGGAGGAUUUUAUAAAUUGGGGCUAUUUGUAAGAUAUAACGUAACGAAUGUCUCCAAUUUGUUAGAUAGAUGAAACCGCAUUGCGAAUUUUAUGUCGAACUUUAAAUCUUUUAUUUCUACUGUAUUUAUAAUAUAUGUUGAAGAUCAAA